AUGGUGGGGCUUGGAAUGAUUUUGGGGUUUGAUUGGUUGUCGAAAAAUUGGGUUUUGUUGGAUUGCUUUGAACGGAAAAUUUGGUUUAUGCCAGAAGGAGAGAAUGGGGCUGUGGUAGCUACGGGGUAUUACCUGAACUCUGUAAUGGUGCAUCGUAGUGGGGAGGAGUGUCAGGGUUAUAUUCUGUUGGCUGCGAAUACGUUGGGUGAUGCCCAGAACUUGGAUCAGAUACCGGUGGUUAAAUAUUUUCCAGAAGUGUUCCCAGAAGAUAUCCCUGAGUUUCCACCUCAGAGAGAAAUUGAAUUUGCGAUCGAAUUGGUACCAGGAGCCAGACCAGUGUCGAUUGCGCCUUAUAGGAUGGCUCCGAUAGAGUUGACGGAGUUAAAAACUCAAUUGGAAGAUCUUCUGAACAAGAGGUUCAUUCGACCAAUUAUAUCACCGUGGGGAGUGCCAGUUUUAUUGGUAAAGAAGAAGGAUGGAGGAAUGCGCUUGUGA